AAAACAUCGGGAACGAUGUUCAGAUGAAAGAUAUUCCGAAAAUAAUCAACCAAUCGUGAAUAGCGAAACAAGAUUUGUUCGGCUGAUGUGACAAGAUGGCGGAAGAAGAAACAAAGUCAGUUGAUAUACCAAAAGAGAUACUUGCACCACCAGAGGGGCCCAGGGAAGAUAUGAUUUCAACAGCUGUUAAAUUUCUGCAAAACCCUAAAGUUAGGAAAAGUCCUUUGCAACAAAGAAAGGCAUUCCUAGAGAGAAAAGGUCUUACAAAAGAGGAGAUAGAAAUGGCAGUCAAAAGGUCAGGGGUUACAGAAGAGGUCACGGUGGCUGACCACAACAUGCAGAAUACAGUUGUGCCAUAUGCUUCUCCAAUCACAGGACCUCAGGUUUAUCAACAGAUGGUACCAUACAGUGGAUGGAGCAGAGUACGAGAUGUUCUGUCAGUCAUUGCCUUGGUCGGAGGGCUUUCUUAUGCAGCAUACAGAUUCUACAAAGAAGUGAUUGGGCCUUUAUUAUUUGGGAAAUCAAAAGAGGAGGAUAGACUGGAGAAAAUGGAGAGGACUAUAACAGAACUACAACAGAGUAUUGUUACAACGCUGGCCAAAGUACAGGAGUCUCUGACAGUGCUACAAAGCAUGGUGUCUAAACAGGAUGAAAAACUACAGUCAAUCUCUCAUGAUGUUUACAAUAAACAGUCCUCAGAAACACUUGCCAGAGUGCAGGAGUCACAGUUCUCAACGGAAAUCAAAUCAGAGCUGACAUCUAUAAAGGGAUUGUUACUAAACAGACGACAGUUCCCACCCACCCCAGUAUCCACACCUGUGUUACCUGCCUGGCAGCUUGCCAGUAGUUCACCCGGUACAGCUACACCGACGAAGACACUAGUGACACCUGGCGGAGACAGAGGGGUGUCUGAGGAUGCACUCCUCAACAACAACGGGAAGGACAAGUCAGAAGAGGAUCAGAAGCCAGUUGAAGUACAGUACAGCUCCACCAGUUUGGCUGACUCCACCUCCCCCGAGAAGGAAUUACUGAACCAUGACACAAAUUCAGCGGAAAACAGUCAUGUGAUUCAGCAGGAGGAAGAGGAAGUGGAUUAAAGCGGGGACAAUCUAUCUGUGAUACAUUAGGAAUUUAGGAGAUAUCAAGACUCAGUGAUUAUACAAGCAUCCAGUCAGAAUUUUAAGUGAUUGAUUGUUAUGAAAUGUUUAAAUGAAUUCAAUGUUUGUUUUAAAACAUGAAAUAAUGAAUUGUAAUUGCUCAUAUGUAUUUGUUCAUAAAAAUAAAAUUUUUAUAAAGUUGUCA